AUGGGGUUAUGCGAAAUAGAGAAGAAAUCACCACAGACCGCGAUCCCCUCUGUCAGUUCUCACCGGAAGUUUCUCCGCUCGCCCGGCGCCGGUGCCGCCGCCGCCGUCUGCACCAUGCUCCGCCUCCUGAAGUGCAUCCUCACCCAACAGCUCUCUUCUCCCUCCGCCUCCACCGUACCCCCUUUCUUCUCCCUCCGCCUCCUCUCAACCGCGGCGCCCCCCGUUCUUGCAGACCCCGGCGCCGGCGGCUUCGCCGUCCAAGACUACCUCGUCGCCACCUGCGGCCUCUCUCGAGCGCGAGCGCUCAAGGCGUCCACGAGACUCUCCCACCUCAACUCCCCCACCAAACCCGACGCCGUCCUCGCCUUCCUCGCCGGGCUCGGCUUCUCCAGGGCCGACGUCGCCGCCGCCGUGGCAAGGAACCCCAGUUUACUCUGCGCCAAAGUGGAGGGUACCCUCUCCCCCAUCGUCGCCGGGCUCACCGGCCUCGGCCUGUCACACUCCGAGAUCGCGCGCCUCGCCUCGCUCACCGACUACUGCUUCCGCACCAAAUCCGUGGUCGCCAAGCUGCGCUACUACCACCACCUCUUCGGCUCCUCCGACAAGCUCCUCCGGGUGCUCAAGGUCAGCCCCCUCCUUCUCUCCUGCAGCAUCGGGACGGUGGUCCAGCCCAAUGUCGCGUUCCUGCGGGAGUGCGGGGUAGAUGUUCGACAUAUUGCCUCUCUGUGCGUCAAUGUGCCGAGGCUUCUGACCACCAACCCCGAGCGCGUCCGGGCGAUGGCAGCCUGCGCCGAAGGUGUAGGCGUGCCCCGCGGCUCUGGGAUGUUUAGGGAAGCGCUGCAGGCCGUCGCGUUCCUCAGCGAGGAGGAGAUCGCCGCCAAACUGGACUACCUGAAGAACACGUUCAGGUGGUCCGAUGCCGAGGUGCGGAUUGCUCUGUCUGGGUAUCCAUCGUUGCUGAGGAGAUCAAAGGACAUGCUCCUGCGUAAGUCCGAGUUCCUUAUCUCUGAGGUGGGGUUGGAACCGGCCUACAUUGCUCGUCUGCCGGUAAUGCUCUGUCUUAGCCUGGAGGGCCGGCUCAGGCCCAGGUACGAUGUUAUAAUGUUUCUAAUGGCAAAUGGAUUGCUCAAGCGCGUCCCCAAGUACUAUCCAAUCUUCAGGGCAACCGAUAAGGCAUUCUUUGAGGCGUAUAUAUACCCUCAUAAGGAAGCUGCACCGCACCUCGCUGAGUACUAUGCCACAGCUUGCCGAGGGGAGGUGCCCACUGGAUUCACAUUGACAGGAACAAAGAAUGGGCUAUGA